AUGCGCUGCGUCUCCUCCCUGAAGACGGUGGUGUUUGCGCUCAAUGGGGUGACAUCUCUGGGAGGUCUGGCGAUGCUGCACAUUGGCAUCUGGCUGAGCCUGAAUCAUCGAGGCCCCGUGGCAGAGGUCCUGGACGUGGGAGCGCCACCACUGGCCCAGCGGGUGGCCCACGCGCACUACCUGUGCAUCGCUGCCGGCUCUUUCUCGGCCCUGGCGGGCUUCAUGGGAUGCUGGGGGGCCGCGAGAGAAAGAAAAUGCCUGCUGGGGAUGGUCUCUCUGCUCAUGGCGGCCCUCUUCCUAGCGGAACUGGCGUCCGCGGUCCUGGCUUUCUCCACGACGGCAGAUGUAUUUGUUGCACAUUUAAAGACGUGGGCCUUGAAGACUUUAAAAGAGGACUAUGGACAGGAAGAGGACAUCACAGCCGUCUGGGACGCCACAAUGAAGGAGCUGGAGUGCUGCGGAUUCCACAACUAUACAGACUUUGACAAUUCCGCCUUCCAACGCCUUAAGGUCUGGUAUGACUACCCUGCCUCGUGCUGCCGAAAUGGUAAAUCAUGCUAUGAUGACGACAUAGACCACCUUAAGCAGGGAUGCCUGCGAAUAAUCCAGGAGUUCCUCAAAAGCAACAGGAAGAUUGUCGGAGCGGUCUGUCUAGGGACUGGGGUUCUCGAGCUGGCUGCCACGGUCAUCUCCUUGACCCUGUAUGGUCAGAUCGGCACAAGCCCUUGA